UCAUCAAAUCAAUGAAUUUUGUAGCAAUGAAUGGCGCUAUUUAAAUAAUUCGAAUUUCGAUACAAUCGAUUGUUUACGAUUGUGAGUGGUUUUCAUGCGCGUUUUUUUAAUGAUUGGAUGAUCAAAAUUUUCAAUUAUAAUUUAAAAGAUGAAGAUUGCCGUUGUCGGAUGUCUACAUGGAGAAUUGGACAUUGUAUAUCAGCAAAUUGAAAAUUUUGAAAAAAGUAAAAACAUUAUUAUCGAUUUAGUGCUAAUAUGUGGUGAUGUUCAAACAAUUCGAAAUGAAAAUGAUUUUAAAUGUUUAGCUGUACCGCCAAAAUAUCGCCGUCUUGGCGAUUUUCAUCAGUACUAUUUUGGUGAUAAAAUUAUUCCAAAAUUAACAUUGUUCAUUGGUGGUAAUCAUGAAGCAUCGAAUUAUCUUCAAACAUUACCGUAUGGCGGUUGGGUGGCGCCCAACAUGUAUUACCUUGGAUAUUGUUCAGUCAUUAGAUUUGGACCAUUACGAAUCGGUGGAAUCUCCGGUAUAUUCAAACAACAUGAUGCUAAAUUAGGACAUUUUGAAUGUUUGCCAUAUGAUCAGGGAACAAUGCGAUCAAUAUAUCAUAUGCGAGAAAUGGAAAUCUAUAAAUUACUUCAAUUACCUCGAACAGAUAAUUAUAAAAAUCAAUUGCUCGAUAUUUUCAUGUCACAUGAUUGGCCCAUAAACAUUCAUCAAUGUGCAACCGAACGUAAUUUGAAUAAUCUUUUGAAUCGUAAACCAUUCUUUCGUCAGGAAAUUGAACAAUGUCGUCUUGGUAAUCCAUUACUUCAACCAUUAGUUCAUCAUUUCAAACCGAAAUAUUGGUUCGCUGCACAUUUACAUGUAGGAUUCAAUGUGACUGUAACACAUUCUAAUUCACAAGAACAGGUAUCUAGUGAAUCGAAUCAAUCGCUGCCCGUAAUUGAAACGCAAUUUCAAGCAUUAGAUAAAGUUUUACCAAGAAGGUAUUUUCUACAUAUUGAAGAUAUCAAAAUCGAUCAAGAUAAUAAUGUAGUCAACGAUUCAUUGAAGUUUGAAUAUGAUCCAGAAUGGUUAGCCGUAUUGAAAAAAACCGAUCACCUUUGGAAAGGAUCUCGUGAACAGAUAAAUGGAAUCAACAUUUUCAAUUGUGCUAAUGAAAUUGAAAUUACUCAGAAUGAUCUCGAUGAAAUUGCUAAACAAUUUUCAGAUGGUGAUUUUUCCAUACCAAAUAAUUUUCAACCAUGUAAACCAGUAUUGGAUCGUACAAAUGAUUCAGAUGCAUCAAGAAAAAUCAACUAUACAAAUCCACAGACAACUAGCUUUUGUUCAAAGCUAGGAAUCUGGGAUCCUAACGAAAUGUUCAUAGAACAAAAAGCUGAUGACGUAAAAAAUCCUGAUGAAAUUGAUCUCGACUCUAGUAAUGAUGAAGAUGACGAUUUAGAUAAAUCAUCAAAUAAUAAACGUAUGAAAUCUGAUAUGUUUUUCAUUGACACAAAGGGUACACUUUAAACGUAAUCAUCACUAUCAUUUGAAUUUUUUUAUGUAAAUAACUAUGAAUAGAAAAAAAAAUUUAUGAAAAUUCAAAGAUUUAAUCAAGGACAUUUUUCGAAAUUUUUUCAAAUGGCAUUUUAUUCGAACGUUUAACUAAAAAAAACUGCCAAACCUGUCCACAAUCAAUAAACAAAAAUAAAAAUAAAAACAAAAAUAAAAAAAAAAUAAAAAUAAAAAAAUUCACCAUGUUUGUAGAUAUUUAUUCGUAAUGAAAAAAUGUCUUCCAUGGAAUCACGUCAAGUAGAGAUUGCGUUUGAUUAUUGCAGAUUUAUCAAAUCUUUGUAUAUUUGGCGCGAAAGGAGAAAGUUGGAUUCCCACUAAGAAACUUUAUUUUAUUUUUUAUAUAAACCCUCGAAUCGUUAAUUCAUUUUUUCAUUCAUUCAUUUUCAAUUUAUAUUCUUCAUAAAUCGAUUAUAAGACAAGCUUUUCACUCAUUUAUCAACUAUUCAACGAUGGCUAAUUAUAUCAAUCAAAAUUUAAAUCUAUUGAAUGAUUCUUAUCAUAUAAUAAUGAUGCAAUAUUAUAACCAAUCUUGUCGACCAUUUUGGUUGGAUCUUCGACAAACAACAUUCGAUUCAUUUCGAUUGAACAAUUAUUUUUUUGCUGAAAUUUUAUCCAUCGUAAUGGUAACCUGUAUUGUUUGGAACUUACGUCAUUCAUGGUUUGAAAGAUUUAUUGAUAAUUUGAUUGCCAAUAAAAUUCUUAUUCCAGAAGAUCGAAAUAAGUUUGAUGAAAAUUUUUGGACCUUCAUACAUCGUAUUAUACUAUUUCUGUUUGCAUGGAAAAUUGUAUCCGAAACCGAUGAUUUUAUCAAUAUUGGCAAUUACAAUAAAACCAUUCCGACACAGAUUAAAUUAUUUUUCCUGUUUGACAUUUGUGAAUAUAUUCGUUCAGCAAUAGAAUUAAUUGUUGGCUGUAAAAAAUAUAAAGAUAAUUUGAUAUUCUUUAUGCAUCAUAUGGUUGUCAUAAUAUGUUUAACAUUGACAUACAUGGUACGACAACAUUUACUUGCGGUACUAUCCAUAUACAUCUUAGAAUGGAGCACGAUUUUUGUAUUUAUGCGUUCUAUUCUUAAAUUAAAAUUUUCUCGAUUACAAUGUUCAAUGGCCAGUUAUAAUAACAUAUUUCGAACAAUAUGGUUUUUUGUAACGCUAACUGUUUGGAUACCAAAUAGAUUAUAUAAAUAUCCUUUUUUCAUGAUACCACUUGCAGGUGAUACAGCACAAAAGCAUUGUCAACUGGAAACAUUAUCCACUAUAAUCAUCGCUUACAGCCUAUUGUAUAUUAUCUACUUGAUAAAUUUUUAUUGGACAUUUUUAUUGUUCAAAAGUGUAUACAUCAUACACCAACGUGGAAUAGAAAACUUUGAAGAUUACCGAGAUACAGAUGUAUUAGUAGAAAAAAAAAAAAAUUGUAAAUAAAAAUUUUUUUUUAUUGAUUUUGAA